UUAAUUUUUGCCGUAGAACAUACAUUAACACAUUCAAAGCUUAUACUUCAUAAAUAUUAAAUACCAUAAUAUUUUAUUCAUUCUGCGAAUAAAAAGAGAUCGUAUUUUUUCUAAAAAUGUUGGGUAAGAUUGUCGCAAUUUAUAAGCGUUAGCACGUACAGUCAGUGAUCACAUUCGUACGAUAAUUAUCGUACACGUCACAUAAUUUGAAGCCUUGUACGAUCAAAAAUCCAACUUGUACGAUAAUUUACGAUUAUUCCAUAUUUAAAUAUAAUUUUCGAUAUGUUGUGAUUUUGUUUUUGUUACGCGGUUAAAAGAGCGGUAUUUCAAUUUUUUGAUUGGCUACAGUCAUUUUUUAGCCACAUAGAACAGAGAUAACCAUACAAUACAUACAAUAGUCAGAUGGUCAGGAAAAAGGACAAGUUUUUACUUUUUUUUUUUGAGGUCCUAAAAUCCUAAAUCUAGAAUUUUCAGAAAAUCAGAUCUGAUUUUUUUUUCUGUGCGUACGAUAAUUGUACUGAGAACCUGAUAAUUUUACGGCACUGUGUCGAUCAGACAAGCAAAAGUUUAUGGGAUCACUGCACGUACUGAAUCGCAUCAGUUGCAUUCUAAACUUCACCAAGAAUACUUGUUAUAAUGAAACAAAAAUGGACGUUAAUUGUCCCUGUGAUAUUUUUCUUGUUGCCAUUGACGUUACAACUUAAUUUAUUUAAUCGAUUUCAUUUAACACAAAUGGUUGGUUCCAUAAACACAAAAGAACACCAUAACAAUGAUUUUGGCGCGAAAUACAAAUACGAAAUCAAAACUUUUGAAGUUCCUGUAGACCAUUUUAGUUUUGCAGUAAAAGAUAAAUUUAAUAUCCGAUAUCUUUUUAACGAUACGUGGCGACGUGGAAAUAAUGCACCUAUCUUUUUUUACACAGGAAAUGAAGGUGACAUCGAAGUUUUCGCCAAAAAUACGGGAUUUAUGUGGGAAAUAGCACCAGAAUUUGGUGCAAUAUUGGUCUUUGCAGAGCAUCGAUAUUAUGGUUCAUCUAUGCCAUUUGGAAAUAAAUCAUUUAUCAAUCCUGCACAUUCUGGAUAUUUGACCUCCCAACAAGCUAUUGCUGAUUAUGUUGAUCUUAUCGAAUAUUUGAGAUCAAAUAAGGUCAGAGAGCACAGUCCUGUUAUUGUUUUCGGUGGUUCGUACGGCGGUAUGCUCAGCGCAUGGAUGCGUCUGAAAUAUCCUCACAUUGUUCAAGGAGCUAUAGCUGCAUCAGCUCCGAUUUUACAAUUCACUGAUAUCACUCCUUGCGAAACAUUUGCACGAAUAGCGACGUCUAGUUAUCGUGCGGCUGAUGAAACGUGUCCGAAAUUGAUUAAAAGAUCAUGGAACGUAAUAACCAAUCUCACGUCGAACGACGAGGGUAAAAAAUGGUUGUCAGACAAUUGGAAAUUAUGUAAGCCGCUUAAAAAUUCAACACAGGUUGAAGAAUUACAAAAUUUCUUGGAAGAUGUUUAUGGAAAUAUCGCGAUGCUUAAUUAUCCGUACGAAACUAACUUUUUAGUACCAUUGCCUCCCGAACCUGUAAAAGCUUUCUGCAGUCAUUUAACGAACUCGUCUCUAACAGGAAGACCAUUGUUAACUGCAUUAUAUAAAGCAUUAAGUAUUUUCACGAAUUAUACGGGUCAAGCAACUUGUACAGAUACAAUGAAUAGCUCAGGAAACUUAGGCGCCGAUGCUUGGGAUUAUCAAGCAUGCAGUGAAAUUGUUAUGGGUCUUUGCAGCGAUGGAAUUAAAGACAUGUUUAGAUAUGAGCCUUGGGAUAUUAAAAAGAUAAGCGACGAAUGUUAUAAGAAAUAUGGUGUACGUUCUCAACCAUACAUGGCUUGUAAAGAAUAUGGUUGUAAGGAUCUUUCAACCGCGACUAAUAUUGUCUUUAGUAAUGGAUUGAUAGAUCCAUGGUUAGGUGGUGGCAUAUUACAGAAUUUGUCUUCCUCUGCAGUUGCUAUGAUUAUUCCCGACGGUGCUCAUCAUAUUGAUUUGAGAGCUAGCAAUCCUAGAGAUCCUUACAGUGUUACAUUAGCAAGAGUAUAUCAUCGUAAUUUUAUAAAACAGUGGAUUAAGGAAUAUCAAGAACAGAUUAAUAGAAUAUUAGUAGUCUAAUUUUCUAAUAUUUCUUUUCUCUUUUUUUUUUCUUCUAACAGAUGCUGUUUUAUGCGAAAGUGGUUCUAUAUAAAACAACUUUAUGUGUAUAUGU